GUCAUUGAAAAGAAAGGAAGGCAAGUGGUUAGAGAGACGUAUUAAGAUGAGUGUGGUGGGAUUCUUGAGCUAAAGCUUUGCUGAAAACUGGCCUCGUCUAUGCUGUAUCGGGCAGUUUAGGCGCCAUUCCAACACAGGAUCCUGCAUCACCUCCACUCUCUCUCUCUCUCUCUCUCUAGCUCCAUAGCUCGUCCUUAUAGCUCUCCUCUCUUUCUCUCUCUAACUUUUUUCCUCUUCGUGUUUCCUUGUUCAAGUUGAUGCCUUUUUGCCACGCUGAAUUCUGAGUUUGAUGUAAAAAACGAAACCGACACCUAACCAGACAGCUGAUAGGCAAGGGAGAGACAGGGAAGAUAAAAAAAAAAUGUGGGAUCUCAAUGACUCGCCUGAUCAGCGGCCACGUGGCGAGGAAUCUGAAGGCUGCUCCUCCCAGAGGACCUCCGCCGACGGAGACGAGGAAAAGAGGAAACGGGUCGGAUCCGUGUCCAAUUCAAGCUCGUCGGCGGUGGUCAUCGAGGAGGGCGGAUCAGACGAAGAAGAAGAUCAGGACGACGGGCCCACCAAGCUCGCCAAGAAGCAAGGAGGAGGUGGGGGAAAGAUAUUCGGGUUCUCCGUGGCCCACGAGGAGUCCAUGGAUGAUGAUCCGCCCGCGACCGUCACCAGACAGUUCUUUCCGGUAGAGCUAGACUCUUCCUCCUCCUCUAAUCUUGACGUAAUGGGGCCCGCAGGGGGCGGCGGUAGCAUCCCACCACCUCCUACAUCGUCGUCGUUUCCCCGAGCCCACUGGGUCGGGGUCAAUUUCGGGCAGUCGGAUUCGGGCAGCCUCGGAAAUCAGCCGCCCGCCGGGGAGGCCUCCCACCAGCCCAUGAAGAAGAGCCGGCGUGGGCCCCGCUCCAGGAGCUCCCAGUACCGGGGUGUUACGUUUUACCGGAGGACUGGCCGUUGGGAGUCUCAUAUUUGGGAUUGUGGGAAACAAGUUUAUCUUGGUGGAUUUGACACAGCUCAUGCAGCUGCUCGGGCGUACGAUAGGGCGGCGAUCAAGUUCCGGGGAGUGGAGGCGGACAUAAAUUUUAGCAUAGAGGAUUAUGAAGAAGACUUGAAACAGAAGAUGAGGAAUUUAACGAAGGAGGAAUUUGUGCAUGUACUUCGCCGACAAAGCACCGGGUUCCCGAGAGGGAGCUCUAAAUAUAGAGGGGUCACCUUGCACAAGUGUGGCAGAUGGGAGGCCAGGAUGGGCCAAUUUUUAGGCAAAAAAUACGUUUAUCUGGGAUUGUUUGACACUGAGGUUGAUGCUGCAAGGGCUUAUGACAAAGCAGCAAUCAAGUGUAAUGGCAAAGAAGCUGUCACAAACUUUGAUCCCAGCAUCUACGAUAACGAGCUCAACUCCUCUGAAUCAUCGGGUGUUAAUGCUGCGGAUCACAAUCUCGAUUUGAGUUUGGGAAGCACAAACUCCAAGAAAAACAAUCAAGCAUUAGGGAAUGAUCAUCAUAGCCAAAAUGUUGCAAUGCAACACCAGCAUUCUGUCCCGAUGCAACUCGAUGCCGAUUGGAGGAGUCAAGGACUUCGGCCUAAGCUUAACAUACAGCGAGAUCGAUCAAGAGACGACAUUGAUGCUCAGAGAAGAGACGGGUACUUGGAGAGUGAAGCCAUGCAGCUUCUACUCCGAACAAACCUUCAAUCUCAAGCCCCAGCUGAAAUACAUAAAUAUGGGCAGUUCAGUAGGAGGCCUACUGCUGGAGACAUUCAAAUGUCUCGCAAUUUCCCACCAAAUUUCAACUCAUCAAAUUAUCAUCAUAUACAGUUUCCGAGCAGCAGCGAAGGAGGCGGCCGCAUUGGCAGUGAUCUUUCACUGUCAACGAGCGACCACCAACAACAAUGGCAAUCCGCAACUCCGACCUCCAAUUUAUUUGCAACUGCUGCAGCAUCAUCAGGAUUCCCACAGCAAAUUAGACCGUCGCCCACGCAAAACAGCUGGCUGCAGAAAAAUGGGUUCCACUCUCUCACCAGACGCUAAUUAAGCUAGCUUAGCUCUUUGAUCAUGACCUCUUAAUCAAGAUUUUUCUGCAUCUCCACGUCCCCGAUUCUUGUUAAUUACGAUCAGUCCUCUUGAUUAUGUUUAUUUUGUAAGCACCAAAUCGGCAAGUCCAGUUCUUCCAGAGCCCCAUGUCAAAGAUUUUAGAACAAGGACGGGAAAUUCUCCUAGUUUGUGGGAAAUGAAAUCAAAUGCAUGCUCUCAUUGGUGUUUUACCAAAAACAAGAUGUAUGGUCAUUUUGUCCAACUAACAAAUGAACGAAGUAGAUCCUGAACUA